CAACAGAACUAAUUAGACAGUUUCAUUAUAUCUAAUUGACAUUGCCGGCAACAGUUUUUCAAUUUAGAUCGUGUCGUGUAGUUUAACCGUAUUGACAAACAAUUAGCGUAAGACCUGCGUUAGCAUCGGAGCUAACGUUAUGAGUAAUCAACAGGUUUAGAGUGCCAGUGCAGGGAAGCUUACUGCUUAUCGAUAGUAUUCUGCGCAACAGGUAGCCGGGCGCUAGCAAUGUUGCGCUUAGUAAUUCGUCGAAGGGUGAAAGAAAACUAAAUAAACGAUUUGUCUGGGGGUUUCCACAUAGCUCACUGAAACCGAUCCCGUGCCUGUGCAGCAGUGCCACGUGUCUGCUGUGCAGAUGCUGUCCCAGCAGCAAGAACUCCACGGUGACGCGGCUCGUCUACGCCUUCAUCCUGCUGCUGGGGACCAUCGUGUCCUGCGUCAUGCUGUCCCCGGGCAUGGAGAAGCAGCUGAAGAAGAUUCCUGGGUUCUGUGAAGGUGGAGCCGGCUCCUCCAUCCCUGGAGUCCACAUCGACGUCAACUGCGAUAUUUUCGUUGGCUACAAAGCUGUGUACCGGGUCUGUUUCGGCAUGGGCAUCUGCUUCCUCUUCUUCGCCCUGCUCAUGAUCAACGUGAAGAAUAGCCGAGACCCCAGAGCAGCUGUCCAUAAUGGGUUUUGGUUUUUCAAGAUAGCGGCCAUAAUUGCAGUCACAGCCGGUGCCUUUUACAUUCCAGAGGGGUCUUUCACCCGCGCCUGGUUUGUUGUGGGCACCGGUGGAGCAUUCGUCUUCAUCCUGAUCCAGCUGGUUCUCCUGGUGGACUUUGCCCACUCCUGGAACGAGGCCUGGGUAGAUAAAAUGGAGAACGGCAACUCAAAGGCCUGGUAUGCCGCGUUGCUGUCAGUGACCGCCCUGUGCUACAUCUUCUCCUUGGUUGCCAUCAUCCUGUUCUUCGUCUUCUACACCCAGCCGGAGGGUUGCGGUGUGAACAAAUUCUUCAUUAGCUUUAACAUGAUCCUCUGCAUCGUGGUUUCUGUCGUUUCUGUUUUGCCCAAAGUGCAGGAAGCCCAGCCUCGAUCAGGUCUUCUUCAGUCCUCCCUCAUCACUCUCUACACCAUGUACCUGACCUGGUCAGCCAUGACCAACGAGCCCGAGCGCGAGUGCAACCCCAGCCUGCUCAGCAUCAUCCAGCAGAUGGCCGCUCCCACGCCCACCCCGGACACGGCGGAGAAUCAGACCGCCACGGUGAUCAUCAGCACCGAAGAGCCCGCCCCCACCGCCCCGUACCUGCAGUGGUGGGACGCCCAGAGCAUCGUGGGAUUGGCCCUUUUUGUCCUCUGCAUUCUGUACUCGAGCAUCCGUUCCUCCAGCACCAGCCAAGUGAACAAGCUGACCCUGGCGUCCAAGGACACCGUCAUCCUGGAGGAGACCUCGGUGGCGGCCCCGGAGGAGGCGGAGGACGGGGACGGGCCCAGGAGGGUGGAGGACAACGAGAGGGACAUGGUGAAGUACAGCUACUCUUUCUUCCAUUUCAUGCUCUUCCUGGCCUCGCUCUACAUCAUGAUGACGCUCACUAACUGGUACAGCCCCGAUGCUGAGUACAACACAAUGACCAGCAAGUGGCCCUCGGUGUGGGUGAAGAUCUGCUCCAGCUGGGUCUGCCUGGCACUGUACGCCUGGACUCUGAUCGCUCCCGCAGUGCUCACCGGCCGCGACUUCAGCUGAACUCCAGUAUGACGCACUCUGCACUUCCUCUCAAAGCCAAAGUUUCUCACAUUGCACAGUUCUUACAAUGUUCCCACCAUCACUGACCAUUUUAUGAACAAUUACCAUUUUGCCUGCAGCACAUUAUACGGGUUUCCCGGUCAAAACUGGAAUUGUUAUAUUUUGUAAAGUUUUUAAAAAACCUAUAUUGGUUUGUGCAAUUAUUUUUGUGGUUAGUUAAACCUAGAUAAAAAGGAGCAUCAGAAAUCACUAGGUGUUGAAAUGUUCACUUUGUCAGGGAAAAAAUGAUUUGAAUUAUGAAAUUAUGUUAUAUAUAUAUGCUGGAAUUCAAAUUCAAGAAUUGGUCAUUAUGAAUAGUUCCUAGCAGUUCUGGCUGCUUUUCUGUAAAUAUUUCAUUUCGGUGUUGCAUAUAGUGAGAAGUGCUGGUGCAAACUCUCGAAACAGAAAGAAAAAUGUUGUCAUUUUGAUUACACAACGAAAGGCCCAGAGGAACGACUGGUACCUGUGUGACUGAAGACCACAGCUGUCUUUCAGAGAUGCGAGCGAUAAACAGAAAGAUGGAAGAUAAACAUUUAGCACAUACUGCAGAACUACUGAAAAUGUAAAUACAAAUUUAAAUGUGUGAUUUAUUGCAAGCAAAGAUCCAAUCGCUUGCUUAUGCAAGUAUAGCCGUAACACUACGAUUGUGUCCUGUUUAGCCAACUAGCGAUGCACACUGCCAUAAUUUCAUUUUGUUUUUGUUGUUGCAUCAUAUGAUAUUCUUAGAUAAAUAUGAUUGUCAUGAAUUUUUAUAUUUUGACUUCAUAGGCUUAAUUGAAUACCAUUCCUUAUGUUGUGUAGUCUGUUUAGACCUGCACCCAUUCCAUUAUGUUUUACUUCAGUGGUUCUGUUAGAUACAGACAUUUCAAACUUGACAUAAAGUGGCUAAAAUGGUUUCCACAGAUCUGCGCAAAGCUGAAGGCUUGUGUACAUGUGCACUGUAGAAAUUAGCCAACAGGUCUGUUAGUCUUUUCUGUAUGCUGUAUAUUAGCUUAAGCAAUACGGUCUUGUUUGCUGCUGUUUCAAUGUGAAGCUUUACACUGCCAGUCUUAUAGUUUAAGUUGCACUAGUCUCGAAUGUCCUAUUAUGCUAGAAUAUUUUUUCAAAACAUUACAUUUCAUAUAACCGUUAUCUAUUACAGUAUGAUGCUGUUCACUGCCUUACAUUUUCUGUGUGAAUUGUGCACUUCACCAUCUUAAUUUUAAAGCAUGGCAAAACUUGAGAGAAAAAAUCAAUGUGGAGAGAUCUGUAAAUAUUUGAAUCGCUGAAUUUGAGAUGUAGAUGCUUUUUGCCAAAUAUUUCUGAAAGAUUUAUAAUAGUACAUACUGUAUUUAUGUUUUGAGUGUAAUAUUAUCAUAGUUAGUAAAUGGUAUGAAGCAAUGUUAUAAGGGUGGAUUGGAGAUGUUAAAAGUAUUGAUUUGAAUUGAAUACCCUAGAAGGCUGGAUUACCAAAUGAAUGACCAAUGUUGAUUGUUUUAAAUGAGCUGAUUUGUCAGCUCAGAUGUUCCAUCACGGAGUACAUUUUAUUGGCUGCACUGAGUCACAUGUUUACCAUCUGCAUUCCCCAUUAAUGUAGAGUUAAUAAAGAACAUGGAAUAGUUAA